AUGCCGGUUAUGAAAGGACUACUGGCGCCCCAGAACACCUUCCUCGACACCAUCGCCACCCGUUUUGACGGAACACAUAGCAACUUCAUCCUUGCCAACGCCCAGGUGGCUAAGGGUUUCCCCAUAGUCUACUGUUCGGAUGGCUUCUGUGAGCUUGCUGGCUUUGCCCGAACAGAAGUCAUGCAGAAGAGUUGCAGCUGCAAAUUCUUAUUCGGGGUUGAAACCAACGAGCAAUUGAUGCUUCAAAUUGAAAAGUCCUUGGAGGAAAAAACAGAAUUCAAAGGAGAAAUUAUGUUCUACAAGAAGAAUGGGUCUUCAUUCUGGUGCCUAUUGGAUAUUGUUCCUAUAAAGAACGAGAAAGGAGAUGUGGUCCUUUUUCUGGCCUCAUUCAAAGAUAUAACAGAUACAAAAGUGAAGAUUACUCCAGAAGAUAAAAAAGAAGACAAAGCCAAAGGAAGAUCAAGAGCAGGGACCCACUUUGAUUCAGCCCGGAGACGGAGCCGAGCGGUCCUUUAUCACAUCUCUGGCCACCUGCAAAGAAGAGAAAAGAACAAAUUGAAAAUAAAUAAUAAUGUUUUUGUAGAUAAACCAGCAUUUCCGGAGUAUAAAGUUUCGGAUGCAAAGAAGUCCAAAUUCAUACUUUUGCAUUUUAGCACUUUCAAAGCUGGCUGGGACUGGCUUAUUCUAUUGGCAACGUUUUAUGUUGCUGUGACCGUACCUUACAACGUUUGCUUUAUUGGCAACGAUGACCUGUCGACGACUCGGAGCACAACAGUCAGUGACAUUGCAGUGGAGAUUCUUUUUAUUAUAGAUAUUAUUUUAAAUUUUCGAACAACCUAUGUCAGCAAGUCUGGCCAAGUUAUCUUUGAAGCAAGAUCAAUUUGCAUCCACUAUGUCACAACCUGGUUCAUCAUUGAUUUAAUCGCAGCACUGCCUUUUGAUCUCCUGUAUGCUUUCAACGUCACAGUGGUGUCUCUCGUGCAUCUCCUGAAGACCGUGCGGCUGCUGCGUCUUCUGCGUCUGUUGCAGAAGUUGGACCGUUAUUCCCAACACAGCACAAUCGUCCUGACCCUGCUCAUGUCCAUGUUUGCUCUCCUUGCCCACUGGAUGGCGUGUAUCUGGUAUGUCAUUGGAAAAAUGGAGAGGGAAGACAACAGCCUUCUGAAGUGGGAAGUUGGUUGGCUGCAUGAGUUGGGAAAGAGACUGGAAUCUCCGUACUAUGGCAACAAUACCCUGGGGGGACCGUCCAUCCGAAGUGCCUAUAUCGCCGCUCUGUACUUCACACUCAGCAGCCUCACCAGUGUUGGGUUUGGGAACGUUUCUGCUAAUACAGAUGCAGAAAAGAUCUUCUCCAUCUGCACCAUGCUGAUUGGUGCCUUGAUGCAUGCCCUGGUGUUUGGAAACGUGACCGCAAUCAUACAGAGGAUGUAUUCCAGAUGGUCCCUCUAUCACACUAGAACCAAGGAUCUGAAGGACUUCAUACGUGUCCAUCACCUGCCCCAGCAGCUCAAGCAGAGGAUGCUUGAAUAUUUCCAAACAACCUGGUCAGUCAACAAUGGAAUAGAUUCCAAUGAGCUUUUGAAAGACUUUCCAGAUGAGCUUCGUUCUGACAUCACCAUGCACCUGAACAAGGAAAUCUUACAGUUGUCCCUUUUUGAGUGUGCCAGCCGGGGCUGCCUCAGGUCUUUGUCUCUACACAUCAAAACCUCCUUCUGUGCUCCGGGGGAGUAUCUACUGCGUCAAGGAGAUGCUUUGCAGGCCAUCUACUUUGUGUGCUCGGGCUCCAUGGAAGUUCUUAAAGAUAGCAUGGUGCUGGCAAUUCUUGGGAAAGGGGAUUUAAUUGGAGCCAAUCUAUCAAUUAAAGACCAAGUGAUUAAGACCAACGCAGACGUGAAGGCUCUAACCUACUGUGAUCUGCAGUGCAUCAUCCUCAAAGGACUCUUUGAAGUGCUGGACCUUUACCCAGAAUAUGCUCACAAAUUUGUGGAAGACAUUCAGCACGACCUCACAUACAACCUUCGAGAAGGUCACGAGAGUGAUGUGAUAUCAAGAUUAUCGAACAAAUCUACAGUCUCACAGUCAGAGCCCAAGGGGAAUGGCAGCAUCAAGAAGAGACUCCCAUCCAUUGUGGAAGAUGAGGAAGAGGAGGAGGAGGGGGAGGAGGAGGACAUAGCCUCCCUCUCUCCCAUCUAUACGAGGGGGUCCUCUUCACGCAGCAAGAAGCCCGGAGGCGGUAAAAGCUACCUUGGCUUAAGCCUGAAGCAGCUGGCCUCGGGAACGGUGCCAUUUCACUCACCUAUCAGAGUCUCCAGUUCAAAUUCCCCCCAAACGAAGCAGGAAAUGGACUCCCCUAACCAUGGCAAAAGAAAAGAGAAGAACUUGAAAUUGCAACUUUCAACUUUGAACAAUGCUGGACCCCCAGACCUCAGUCCCAGGAUUGUUGAUGGAAUUGAAGAUGGAAACAGUAGUGAGGAAAACCAGACUUUUGACUUUGGCUCUGAACGAAUCAGACCAGAGCCCAGAAUUUCUCCUCCUCUCGGAGACCCAGAGAUUGGAGCUGCUGUUCUCUUCAUCAAAGCAGAGGAGACCAAGCAGCAGAUAAGCAAACUCAACAGCGAGGUCACGACAUUGACUCAGGAGGUCUCCCAGUUAGGGAAAGACAUGAGGACUGUGCUGCAACUUCUAGAACACGUCCUGUCCCCCCAGCAGCCCUCUCAGUUUUGCUCUCUGCACACCCCCUCUGUGUGUCCCGCCUCCAGCUUACAGACCAGGCUGACGUGGAGCACGCACCAACCCUGUCUACACUUGCAAGCGGGUGGAGCCGCUUAUAACCAAGCCCAGCUCUGUCACGGGAAUGUCGCCCCCAACAUAUGGAGUGUGGAUCCCUCCUCUGUAGGGAGCAGCCCCCAGCGAACUGGCGCCCACGGGCAAAAUGCUGCAGGCGGUGAACUGUAUCACUCUCCGAACCUCGAUUAUUCACCGGCCCACUACCAGGUUGUCCAAGAAGGUCAUUUGCAGUUUUUAAGGUGCAUCUCUCCACAGUCAGACACCACGCUGACACCUCUGCAGUCCAUCUCUGCCACUCUCUCGUCUUCUGUCUGCUCCUCCUCUGAAACAUCUUUGCACCUGGUUCUCCCAAGCAGAUCGGAGGAGGGCAACUUGGGCCAGGGAGCCGUGAGUUCCUUCAGUCUGGAAAACCUGCCAGGAUCUUGGAACCGGGAAGGAAGGGCACCCAUCUCUACUGAACCCUUGGAGAACUUCCCACUGGACGUUGUCACAAGCACAGCAGAAGUGAAAGAUAAUAAAGCCAUAGACCUAUGA